AUGGCCCCGGAGGAAGAGGAGGAGGAGCGGGGGGCGCUAGGGGGCGGCGGCGGGGGCGGCGAUGCGGGCCCGGAGUUGCCGGACCAGGAGAAGUACGACGCCGCCGAGAACGUCAAGAUCAUCUGCCUGGGCGACAGCGCCGUCGGCAAGUCCAAAUUGAUGGAGCGGUUUCUCCUGGAUGGCUUCCAGCCUCAGCAGUUGUCUACUUUUGCCUUGACGCUCUACAAGCACACGGCCACCGUGGAUGGCAAGAAAGUCCUCGUGGAUUUCUGGGACACGGCUGGGCAGGAGCGCUUCCACAGCAUGCACGCCUCUUACUACCACAAGGCCCACGCUUGUAUCAUGGUCUUUGAUGUCCAGAGGAAGGUCACCUACAAGAACCUGAGCAACUGGUACAAGGAGCUGCGCGAGUUCCGUCCGGAGAUCCCCUGCAUCGUGGUUGCAAACAAGAUCGACGCUGACAUGAAAAUGACUCAGAAGAGUUUCAGCUUUGCACGGAAGUUCAACCUGCCCUUUUAUUUCGUUUCUGCUGCAGACGGCACCAAUGUGGUGAAGGUCUUCAGUGAUGCCAUCAAGCUGGCUGUUGGAUACAAGAAGAAUUCAAGCGACUUUAUGGACGAAGUCCUGGAGGAACUAGAAAAUUUUGAGCUGGGGAAGAAAGGGGAGGAUUCGUUUGACAAAGAGGAAGAUGGCCCGGAAGACGGGUCCCCGUCGACCUGAGUCCUGGGAGCACGGAAGCGGGUUCCACAGCUCCCCGUCGCAAGUGCCGACAGAUCCUCAAGAGAGGGCCCUGCAUCGAGGGGACUGGCCGCCCUGCCUUCCACGCUCAGGAUGGAGAGGUGGCUCGGCGGAGACCUGUUCUGCCGUUCCACGGGCUCGUGGUGCGGACGGCCGAGAAGAGACAUUGGAGCAGCGGCCCAUUGGAAACGGUGGGGGUACAGUUCGGUGGGGCGUGGGGCAGUGGAUGCCCCUGGCCCACCCCUUCUGAGCACAACCCAUUGUAGAUGGCAUCCAGUUUAAGAAAUAAAUGCCGAAGG